AUGAGGCUCGCCGACAUUGUUCUCGACCUUGCCGCCGUGGCCAGCGCCUCGCGCUCGGUGGCGUCGAAGCAUGUCGCCCUCCGUGCCAGGCAGAUCGACCGCUUCGGCAAGAGCUCGAGCUUGACUGCACGCCCUGCGACCGCCGCUCCAUCAACCUCGGCCUCUGCAUCUGAGCCGUCCGGGACCCAGACGCGCACCGCGGCGCCGGUAACGACCGACAAUGCGGCCCCGGCGCCCAUCCCCGAAGCCGCAGAAACGGCGGCGCGUGUGCAGCCCAGUUCGAUAGCCGGGCGGGAUGUAGCCGGCGAGGUGGCUGCAUUGGGCCGAGAUAGGCCGGUCGCGCCGUGGGCGACCCGUGAUGGCCUCUUUGCUACAGCAACAAAACCCCCUAGGAGGCCCGUUUUCGAGGCCGCUCCAGCGAAGCUAGAAGAGGUGGAUGCGGCCACCGCGGAGGGGAUGCCGGAGGGCAUUAAUAUCAACAUAUUUCAGACUUCAAGGGGAUCCAAAAUACUCGAGUCUCUCAAGUCAGAUGCAGAUGUGGACAAUGGUGGGGAAAAGGAUGCUUCUAGCGGCAGAGAUACUGUGGCAGCCGCGAAAGCUUCCGAGAGUGCCCGAUUCGAAAGCUUGACAGCGGAGGAGCCUAGGAGAGAGCCCGAACCAGCUAGCAAACCUCUGCAAAACCCGGAAGCGUCGGAGAGGAUCGACACGACAAAGGCGGAUGCCGCUGAUCCAGUCACCGUCGUGACUCCGCCAGUAUCAACCCGGGCAUCAUCGCCCGCCGCCGAAAAGGUGGUUCAAGAUCCGGCGCCGGCAGCCUCCGGCUACCAGCUCCGUGAGUCCAAAGUGCCUGCCACCCGGCUCAGCCGCAUCUGGAACUACAGUGGUCUCGCGGCCGGUAUGCUCGGCGGCGCGCUGACCGAGUCCAUCAGCCGUGGCUUCGGUGGCGGCACGUCCGGGACGUCAGCAAUGCUGAGCCCCGCCAACAUGGAGCGCCUCGUGUCCAAGCUCUCGCGCAUGCGCGGCGCUGCUCUCAAGAUGGGCCAGAUGCUCUCAUUCCAGGACGCCAAAAUGCUUCCGGGUCCGAUACGCGAGGUGUUGCAGCGCGUGCAAGACAGGGCGGACUAUAUGCCGGCAUGGCAGCGCGACCGGGUGCUGGUCGCAAACCUGGGUUCCGAGUGGAGAGACCUCUUUGAGACCUUUGAAGAGAAGCCCAUCGCUGCCGCUUCGAUCGGUCAGGUUCACCGUGCGACGCUCAAGCCUCAAGUGGAGGGUGGAAUGCCUGUGGAGGUGGCAGUCAAGAUCCAGUUCCCCGGCGUGGCCGACAGCAUCAACUCAGACCUGGACAACCUAGCGAUGCUGCUCGCGGCGACGAAACUGUUGCCGAAGGGGUUGUACCUCGACAAGACCAUCGCCAACGCGCGCACGGAGCUUGCCUGGGAAUGCGACUACGAGCGCGAGGCCGAGUGCGCCCAGCGCUACCGCACGCUGCUCGCCGGGGACGAAGAUGCCGUGUUUGCCGUGCCGCGCGUCUUCCCCGCCGCGUCAGGGAAGCAGGUUCUGACGAUGGAGUUUAUGCACGGCAUCGGCGUGACACGGGGCAUUCAUUCCUUCACCCAGGAGCAGCGCGACCGGAUCGGAACACACAUCCUGCGGUUGUGCCUGCGCGAGAUAACCGAGUUCCGCUUCAUGCAGACGGACCCAAACUGGACCAACUUCUUGUACAACGCCGAGACGGGUCGCCUCGAGCUGCUCGACUUUGGCGCCUCGCGUGAGUAUCCGGAGCGGUUCGUGUCUCUGUACGUCAGGCUGCUGUACGCGGCGUCCAAGGGCGACCGUGAGGGCGUGCGCGUCCUGUCCGAGGAGCUGGGUUACCUGACGGGCCACGAGAGCAGGGUGAUGCUGGACGCGCACACUCAGUCGGUGCUGACGCUUGCCGAGCCUUUCCUCGAGUCCGCUCCGGAGGUGUACGACUUCCGCGACCAGACAAUCACGGAGCGGGUCAAGAGUUUCAUCCCCGUCAUGAUCAAGGAGCGCCUCGCACCUCCUCCCGAGGAGACGUACAGUCUUCAUCGGAAGCUGAGUGGGGCUUUUCUUUUGUGUGCCAGGCUUGGGAGCAAGGUGAGGUGCCGGGAGAUGUUUACAGAGAGCGUCAAGAAAUCUGGACUUGUGCCUGAAGCUUGA